AUGGAUGCUAACCUCGUACGGGUCAAAGGAAGAGAAGGCUUAACUCCGUUUCAUUAUGCAGUAGCUAAAGGACAUGUUUUUCUGUUGGAGAAGUUUCUGUCUGUUUGCUUAAAGGCUGUUGAAGAUGUAACAAUUCAAAAUGAGAGUGCGCUGCAUAUUGCUUUGAGAAAUAAUCAGUUUGAUGCUUUUCAGUUUCUUGUGGGGAGGCUUUGUUGGGAUUGCCAUGAAAAGGCUCGAGGCUUGGAGAAGAGGAUUCUUAACUUGAAGGAUGUGGAACACAACACUGUUUUGCAUAUUGCAACUUCGAAAAAUCAACUUCAGCUUGUGAAUUUAUUACUUAGAUCCAGCAUUGAUAUAAAUGCCAAGAAUGUUCGCAACCAGACAGCUCUUGACAUUGCAGAAGAGGAAAAUUUACCUGAGAUUACACAUUUAUUGCGCCGUGCCCAAGCAGCUAGAGCUUCUUCACUUCACACUAAUGUUAAUUUAGUCUCUUUAAGAAUAGACCAGAGAUUAAAAUUGGCUGCUGAACAAGGAGAUGUUGAUACCUUGUAUUCAAUAAUAACCGACGAUCCUUAUCUUUUAGAGCACAUCGACCAGUCUCCGUUUAUCCAUACUCCACUACAUGUAGCCGCAUCAAACGGGCGAACCCAAUUCGCUUUAGAGAUCGCGAGGUUAAGGCCAUCAAUGGCUCGGAAGCUGAACCAAGACGGGUUUAGCCCGAUGCACCUAGCUCUGCAAAAUGGUCACAUCCAAACUGUAUGCAGAUUUGUAGAUAUGGAUAAUGAGCUGGUGCGUUUCAAAGGAAGAGCAGGCCAAACUCCUUUGCAUUAUAUAGCAGGGAAAGGUAAAUUUGGUCUUUUGACAAAAUUCUUACAAGCUUGUCCUAAGUCUGUUCGAGAUUUGAAUAUUUAUAAGGAAACUGUUCUGCAUAUUGCUGCUAAAAAUGGCAUGUGGGAAACAUUUCGAGUUCUGUCUGGGUGGCUCCAAAUUACUGGCCAAGAUGAUGUCCUCAAUUGGCCUGAUGAUGAUGGAAAUACUGUAUUACAUAUUGCAGCUUCCAGAAAUCAAUCUCAGAUAGUGAAGUUGUUAAUUGGCAGAGUUGACAUGAAUGUUAUAAACUUGGAGGGUCACACAGCGAUGGACAUAAUUAAAAGUACACAGACCAAUCCAACUGAAAUGUAUAAAAUAUUAUCAUGUUCAGGAGCUGUAAAAGCAUCACAAAUUCCUACUAGUUUUUCCUUAGUUCAAGCCUUAAAAAAACCAAUGCUACCUCUUGAAAAAUGGGCAUUAGCCAGAUACCGAGAAAAACUGUCAAUGUCCGAUGAGAAUCGCAACGCAGUACUAGUGGUUGCUGUCCUGAUAGCAACCGCCACCUACCAAGCGGUGCUCAGCCCUCCUGGCGGAGUUUGGCAGGGUGAUCCGACACUACUAUUUCCACAAAUUAAUGAUACUCUGCUCAAUAAUAAUUCAUUAACGUACGUUGGAUCGCCGGUUAUGUUCUAUCUGGCGCAAUCGGUAUGGUUGACCUUCUCCGUUCUGAAUACAGUAACAUUUUUUAUAUCAAUGGCGGUGAUUUACUAUUUACUGCCACAACGUCCGUUGAUUGUUCUGCCGCUUGUGAUACCGUUGUUACUUUGCUACGAGGUUUCGUGGUAUGUGAUGCAAAUGCAAUCUGAUGGGGUUAUUUUGUUCAGCUCGGUUAUUGCUGCUGAAUUCAUAUCUAUGUUUCUGUGGGGGUUUGUUGCCGGAAUUCAAAAGAAAUGGAGGACUGUGGCUCACUUAAUGGCUGAUAAAGUCGACCGUCAAAGUUGACAAAGGACUGAUUAUUAGUUGUCAAAAUAAACCUUAUUACGUUCUCAAAC